UUUGGCCAAACCAAAAAGAAGAUAUCUUGAGACAAGAACCACUGUUAAACUUACUUCUAAUAAUGCUAAGGAUUUGGUUCGUAUGCAUGCUAUUAAAGUUGCUGCUCUUAUUCUUCCUAAAG